GGGGGGGAGUUCGGAUCACGUGGCCCAAGGCUCCUCCCCGCGCCGUGCGGCUGUCGCGUCUGCGCUGUCGUCGCUGCGCGCGCUUGCCCUCUCCCGCCUCUUAUUUCCUCCCCCCUUUCUCUCUUUAGGGGGUAUUUGAAGCGCCGCGCUUCCGCCAUCUUCCUCAGCCCGCCCGCCUGCCCGCCUUCCCUGAGAGGAAAAGAGAAAGAAGAGGAAAGGAACAGAUCGGGAGAGCGAGAGAGGAAGACGACCGAGGAGACGCAGCAUGGCCGCCCCGCAAGGAGAACCGCAAGUGCAGUUUAAGCUCGUUUUGGUUGGUGAUGGUGGUACUGGUAAAACAACAUUUGUAAAACGCCACUUGACUGGAGAAUUUGAGAAGAAGUAUGUAGCUACCCUGGGUGUUGAAGUCCAUCCUCUGGUGUUCCACACUAACAGAGGUCCUAUUAAAUUUAACGUAUGGGACACAGCUGGGCAGGAGAAGUUUGGAGGUCUGCGAGAUGGCUAUUACAUCCAAGCUCAGUGUGCCAUUAUAAUGUUUGAUGUUACAUCAAGAGUUACAUACAAGAAUGUACCCAACUGGCAUAGAGAUUUGGUACGGGUGUGUGAGAACAUCCCUAUAGUGUUGUGUGGCAACAAAGUGGAUAUCAAGGACAGGAAAGUCAAAGCAAAGUCAAUUGUCUUCCACAGGAAGAAGAAUCUGCAGUACUACGAUAUUUCAGCCAAGAGCAACUACAACUUUGAGAAGCCUUUCCUUUGGCUUGCAAGAAAGCUAAUUGGAGAUCCCAACUUGGAAUUUGUGGCCAUGCCUGCUCUUGCACCACCAGAGGUUGUUAUGGAUCCAGCAUUGGCAGCACAAUAUGAGCAAGAUCUACAGAUUGCUCAGACCACUGCACUGCCAGAUGAGGAUGAUGACCUGUGAGGGAAUGAAGCUGGAGCCCAGCGUCAGAAGUCUAGUUUUAUAGGCAACUGUCCUGUGAUGUCAGUGGUGCAGCGUGUUUGCCACUUUAUUAUUAUAGCUGAGCAGAACAUGUGCUUUAAUCUUUGGGAUGCUGAAAGAGAGAAUGGGCUUUGGAAUGAAUGUGGCAGUUAAAAAAAUUCCUUCUUUUUGGACCUGCAUAUUUAGCUGUUUUGGACUGCAAUUUACUCCCCAUUUGAGUUACAAAUCUGACUGCUGCAGUCACAUCACAGUAUUCAGUGGUAAAUCUUGUUUGUUACUGUCAUUCCCAUUCCUUUUUGUUUAGAUCAUAAUAAAGUUGUAUUUCAAAUAUCCAAGCAAA